GCUACAUUUUCAAAGAUGGUAGCUCGUAUGAAGGCACUGUUUGGGAUGACAAGGCACAUGGAAAAGGUGUUUUUGUUGGUGAGAAUGGGCUGGUCAGGUAUGAAGGUGAAUGGCUUCAUAAUGAAAUGGAAGGACAUGGGGUUGUUGAAGUAGAAAUUCCACACAUGCAACCCGUUCCUGGAUCCAAGCUAGAAAAGAAGAUGCGAGCUCAAGGGAGAACAAUAACGAGAGAUUCCAUGAGUCCAGAAGACAGAGAAUGGCUUGAAAUGGAUAUUGAAGAUAGUAUUGAAUCGGCUGGGGGAUAUUAUCAAACCCCUUUUUAUGAGAGAAGGGAGUGGAUAAGGCACUUCGGACAGAAACCAGAGACGGGCCAAUAUAAAUAUGCUGGUCAGUGGAAGCAUGGUAGAAUGCAUGGUUGUGGUGUAUAUAAGGUCAACGAGCGAAAAAUAUAUGGCCGGUUCUACUUUGGAAAAUUUCUUGACCGUGAUACUUAUGGCUGUGAUCUUGAAAUUUCUGCAAUGCAUGCCAAUAUAGCAGAAGUUGCUGCAGCUAAAGCUAGAAUGUUCAUUAACAAACCUGAUGGAAUGGUGAGAGAAGAAAGAGGACCUUAUGGUGAUCCUCAGCACCCCUAUUUUUAUGAAGAAGAUGAUGUGUGGAUGGCACCGGGCUUCAUUAACCAGUUUUAUGAAGUUCCUGAUUACUGGAAGAUGUAUGUGCAUGAGGUGGAUGAAGAAAGGGAAUUGUGGCUGAAUUCUUUUUACAAAUCUCCUAUGAGGUUGCCUAUGCCUGCAGAGCUUGAGCAUUGGUGGGCCAAUGAUGAAGAACAAGAAUUUGUUAUUUUUAACAAGCAACCAGAGCCUGAUCCUGAAGAUCCAUCAAAAAUCAUAUACACUGAAGACCCCCUCAUAAUGCAUGUACCAACUGGAAGGAUCAUCGACUAUCUAGAGGAUGAGGAACAUGGGAUUCGUUUAUUCUGGGCACCUGAUAUUAAAGAGGGAGAUGAGUGCCCAGACACCAAUGGAGGAGAAGAAGAAGAACAUACUGAAUUCCUUCCUUUAGGAUUCGAUGAGUUUUAUGGGAAAGAAACAUAUGUGGAAGGAGGACACUUUCUGAAGAGUAUUUGUUCGUCUGUAAAAAGCGCUUUCAAACCGAUGUUAACCAGAUUGGAGAAAUGGUCGGAAGAGCACAAGAAAGGCGUGGAGAUGAAGAUGGAGUUGAUAAAGAAGGAAUACGAAUUGGCGGAAGCAGAAUCUGCUCUGAAUGAGGCAGUUGAUGACUUGGAUAGUGCAUUCAAGAUGAUGCAGGAAGUGGAGGAAAAGAAGGCAGCGGAUAUGAGUAUCCAUGAUGAAGAGGAAGAAGAAGAUGGCACUCCUAAGCACUCUGUGAAAUUUGAGAAAAAUAGAGAGGAAGAAGAGGAAGAUGAAGACGAUGACGACACUGCUACUGCUGGUUCUUCAUUUAGUUUUGGGUCAGUUGACAUUCAAGAGCAGGCUAAAGAAAAUAUUGGGAACAAAGAAGAACCUGGAAAGUCUCCAUUUGGAGCAUCUUCUUUGCCAUUUGCUGCAUGUUCUCUUGUUUUCCAAGUUCCUUUAAAGCUACAACAUUCAUUUAGGACAUGGAGGGAGGGUAAAGCAAGGAAACAGCCUUCAGCUACUGCUUUCCAUUCCAAUGGUUGGUCUCAUGAUGGAGCAGCCUCUAAUUCAAUUACUUUUCCCAAUACUGCUGCUAAAAAUUAUAGACUAAGAGCAGCACGAGACGUGCAUUACCAUGGAAAGCUGCCGAUGUUACUGAAACCCAAGCACAUAGUUCAGCCUAAGAACACUUCUCAAGAAGUCCAAAGAAGUAAGGAAGAAGGGUGUAGCUUAAAUAUAUUGUCGUUGCAUACACCCUUACUGGCGUAAUCACUAGUUUUCUCGUUGUAAUUUUUUGUACCAAAGUUUUGUAGUAUUAUCAUUUAUCAGGCAUAAUGUUGGCAUAUAUUUUUAGGAGUAACAUCUCACUUGUUGACAUUGGAAUAAUUUUAUGAUCAUCUUGGAAUCAUUGGAAAUGGUAAACUUAGACGUGUGAUGAACAUUGUUUUGAUUACAUUGCGUUUACGACAUUUAUAUGUAGAGUCCACGUGGUUUGAGGUUUAUUCAAGUCCACUUAAGCUCGACUGCCC